GUUGCAGCAGAAUACUGUAAAGACACCACCCUGCUGCUGAUGGGAGUCAUCUGCCUUGCAGCCUCCAUAGAGAAGUGGAACCUGCACAAACGCAUCGCUCUGCGCAUGGUAAUGAUCGCAGGGGCCAAGCCUGGCAUGUUGGUGCUGGGCUUCAUGUGCUGCACAGUGUUCCUGUCCAUGUGGCUCAGCAACACGUCCACCACAGCCAUGGUGAUGCCCAUAGCCGAGGCCGUCCUGCAGCAGCUGAUCUGCACCGGCCUGGCCGACGGACACGCCGACUCAGAAACCGUAGAGGCGCCUGAGGACGACAGCGCUGCUUCAGAAAAAGAGGAGGACAACCUGGAGAAAAACCAGCUAGAGCUGCUCUACCACAACAACAGCAGUGUCUGCUUUAAGCAGGAGCUAACAACACUCAGUGAGGUGCAGUGUUGUAAGGGGAAUGGUGUGGAGGCAACCUCUAACCUGACGUACAUCAGGCACACCAACGGACUCCUGCCUCAGGUUGCGAUUGAGUUC